UUUAAAAGAUACCUCAAUUAAUUAAAAAAAAUUAUAUUAUUAUGAUAAAUAUUUGUAACACAAAUAAGGAAUUUUUUUAUUCUUAAAAACCUCAUGGAGUUAAUAAUUACCGCUGUAAAAAGAAAAUAGAAAUUACCCCUUAUUUAAGUAACAGAAUGGGAACAGGGUUGCCAUUUAGCAAAAAACACUGGUUGAAGCUUCGGCUGAGAUUCAUCCAUGGAGACUACAAAGGAACAAGAAGGUGGAUUGCUUCACCAAAUCCUUCCACCACGCCUCGAGGAUGCGGGCCUUGAAGACUGUGCCCUUCCGCGGGACUCCAUCAAAGAAGCUUUCUUCAAGGCAGCCACCGCCGUAAAAUCCCGCGCCGCUUCGUUUCUCUCCUCCGAUGAGGACGAGGACGCCGACGGAAAUUGCGUCAACGACCCGUGGCCAGUAGCCAAGGAUCGGGCCGACAAGGUGGUCGGAGUUUGUCCGGAGCCUGAGGCUCCGGGACCAUGCGGCGCCAAGAAAGGCGGUGGAGCGGUGGAUGUAGGCGGAGACGACAUGGUUUUGCGCGGCGAUGAGGAGAAGGAAGAUAAGGUGGUGGUUGGUGGAGUGGGACUGGGGGAAAGAGGAAAGGCUUGUGUGGAAGGAUUGCAAGGGCUAGAGAUUGAGGACAAGAAGUUGAAGAAUGUCGGUGGCAAUGGCGGUGACGAGGAGGAGGAGGAGGAAGAGGAAGAUGAUGAAAAACCUAUAUUAGUUGAAGGUGUUGUUUGAAGCCCUAAAUUUCAUUUCUUUUUAGGGAUUGUGUAGUUGUGUAUAAUGCUAAAAAUUUUGGUUGGUGUUUUAUUGGGCUACAUUUUGUUUUCAAGUUGUGGUUGUUGUUGUUGUUGUUGUUGCUUUCAAUUCUUCAACCAUCAAUAAAAUUUCUUUUCUUUAAA